CAGCUCAUGGCAGGAGGAAAUCAAACCAAAGGUUUCGAGUUCCUCCUCUGGGGAUUCUCAGAGUGGCCAGAGCAACAGAGCAUCCUCUUUCUGCUAUUCCUGUGGAUGUAUGUAAUCACUGUGGCUGGGAACCUGCUGAUUGUCCUGGCCAUCAGUGCUGAUGUGCAUCUCCACACCCCCAUGUACUUCUUCCUCGCCAGCCUGUCCUGUGCAGACAUCCUGUUCACUUCCACCACUGUGCCUAAGGCCCUGGUGAACAUCCAGACCCAGAGCAGGUCCAUCUCUUAUGCAGGAUGCCUGACUCAGCUCUAUUUCUUCUUGACUUUUGGGGACAUGGACAUCUUUCUCUUGGCCACAAUGGCCUAUGAUCGCUACGUGGCCAUUUGCCUCCCUCUCCAUUACACAAUGACUAUGAGCCUCCGGCGCUGCACCUUCAUGGUGACUGCCUGCUGGACUCUUACAAAUCUUGUCGCUAUGACCCACACCUUCCUCAUGUUCCAGCUCUCCUUCUGCUCUAAGAAGAUCAUUCCUGACUUCUUCUGUGACCUGGGACCCCUGAUGAAGGUCUCUUGCUCUGACACCCAGGUCAAUGACCUUGUGCUUCUCUUCUUGGGGGGUGCAGUCAUUUUAAUCCCAGUUUUGCUAAUCCUGGUCUCUUAUAUCUGCAUUGUUUUAGCCAUCCUCAGAGUCCCCUCUGCCCAGGGAAGGCGCAAGGCCUUCUCUACCUGUGGUUCCCACCUCACUGUGGUUGCCCUGUUCUUUGGGACAGUGAUCAGGGCUUACCUGUGUCCCUCAUCCUCUUCCUUCAAUUCAGUGGCGGAAGACACAGCGGCUGCUGUCAUGUACACAGUGGUGACUCCCCUCCUAAACCCCUUCAUUUACAGCCUUCGGAACAAGGACAUGAAGAGGGCACUGGUCAGACUUCUCAGAGGCAAAAUCUCCUUGAAGGGCUAGUGAUUUCUGCAGAGAAACUGAAGCUGUCCUCUCUUCCCUCUGCUGAAAGUCUUCCAGCAAUUUCUACCUCAAGUCUCACUUCUGAUCCUAGAUGUACCUUAUCCGCUGCUUCCCUCUCUGGCU